GAGCGUUUUAGGGUUUAGGCUCCCCGGCAUAGAUAUAAAACCAGGCUCUAGGGUUUCCACUCCGCCGCGCCGCCCCCUCCUCCCACCCUGCCUCGUCGCGGAACAGUGCUCCCACCGCCGGCGCCAUGAGUAAGUUGCAGAGUGACGCCCUGAGGGAGGCAAUCACAAACAUUAUCAAUGACUGCCGUGAGAAGAACCGCAAGUUCGUUGAAACCAUUGAGCUGCAGAUUGGUCUGAAGAACUAUGACCCGCAAAAGGACAAGCGUUUCAGUGGUUCUGUUAAGCUUCCUCACAUCCCUCGCCCAAAGAUGAGGGUUUGCAUGCUUGGUGAUGCCCAGCAUGUUGAAGAGGCAGGGAAAAUGGGCCUAGACUGCAUGGAUGUGGAAUCUCUUAAGAAGAUGAACAAAAACAAGAAGCUAGUCAAGAAGCUUGCAAAGAAGUAUCAUGCUUUCCUUGCAUCUGAGGCUAUCAUUAAGCAGAUUCCCCGUCUUCUUGGACCUGGUCUUAACAAGGCAGGAAAGUUUCCAACUUUGGUGUCUCACCAGGAAUCCCUUGAGUCCAAGGUUAAUGAGACCAAGGCCACAGUCAAGUUCCAGUUGAAAAAGGUGCUUUGCAUGGGUGUUGCCGUUGGCCACCUGGGUAUGGAGGAGAAGCAGAUCUUCCAGAACGUGCAGAUGAGCGUGAACUUCCUCGUCUCUCUGUUGAAGAAGAAUUGGCAAAACGUGAGAUGCUUGUACCUGAAGAGCACGAUGGGAAAGGUGUACCGGUUGUUCUAGACUCUAGUCUUCUAGGAUUUCCAGGAGAUUGACAACUUGGGAACUUUUGUUGCUUUCUCAAUUAUCAAAUUUUCGUGCGGGACGAGUGACAAUUAUUGUCUUGUACUGAGAUGGUUUGUUCUAUUGUCUGGAACUUGAUGACAUUUUAUCCGUUGCCCCUGUGCCUUCC